UUAAUUUUCUCUCUCUUUUUCUGCCUGAGAUGUCGUCUCUGUUGAGGGAGGAGAUGGACAGAGUCUUGUUCAGACCGGAGGGACAAAACCUGGAGGAGUUUAUAGAAAUAGAGGAGCAACAGCAGGGGCGACAUUUUCUCUGCGUUUCUAUAACUAAGGAUAAAGAAGCUCAGAUCUCAGUUGUCCUGUGUCGGAGAGUUAAGCAUUCACGGACCAAUAAGCUGCAGAAAUAUGGGCUGGAGGACAGUUAUGAAAGAACAGAGACUUGGGCCCUGGAGGACCUGCUGAUUCUGGACGGUAGAGAUCCAGACACUGAUGAUCCCUGUUUCUUGAUGCAUUUCGACUCGGUGCGGUCCAUCAGAGCAGUGAGCUGUGCUGCGAAAUACACACUGGCCCGCUGUCUGCUGUCCCUGAGCAAGACACAUCACCACACGGCACUAAAACUUAAGAACUAUGACUGGACGUACAUUCAGCCCACUGCAAUGUAUUCAGAUCGUGGUGACUGUGUUGUCCUUGCGCAGAUCUGUUUCUAUGCCUUUAAUCUGGUGUGUCUUUCAUUGUGUCCUGUGCCUCUGGCAUAGAGUCAUUUUGAUUAGUCUUCUCAUUUGAGGAAUUUCUUUUGAACUGGUCCUAAAACCUCAACUCUUGAUGUUGACAAUAAAAGUUCAUUUAAGUGUAAUCUAUAAUGCCCUUAGGGAGUGUACAAAGACCAAGCUUUGUGUUUUGAGCACUUAGCCAUGCUUUGAGCACUUAGGCCUAGUGUACAGUAACUGUAACAUAACUCCACAGUUUAGUGAAAUCCAAUUUGUGCUUGUGCAAAGGCAACGCAAAAGGGUGUUUCUGAUGUGUAAUCCUGUGACUUGAAUAUUAAGAGUGUGUAUUUAUUUAAAAGUGUUAUAAAUUGUGUGACAUGUUUUGCAUGUGUUUUAGCUGAUUCAUUAGCUAAGCUAUACUAAUAUAUUUAAUCAUUUCGAAAAGCGAAACUGUGAGACAAACUUGUGAAUAUUACAGCAUACACUAAUAACAUUAAUAAUCUUGUCAUCUGUUGAAACAUCCAAUGUUUUCUCGUUUCUUCUGCAGUGUGCUUUACUGAAUUAAAU